GCCAUGGUGUUCAAGACAUUUUCCUACGAGACAACGGCGAUAAGAUUGACAUCAUGCAGAUGUGUACCAUGAACGCGCAAUACGUUGCAUCCUGGGCGAGCGUACGUGUAGAGCUGGUCAGCGGACUGGCAGUGUUCUUUAUGCUGUUGUUACUUGUUACCAGUCGCGAUAGGAUCGGCACGGGAACAGCAGGCCUUCGGGCGUCCUACAUGAUGACAGCUCUUUCUUCGUUUACCCACUUUCUUUUUUUUCCUUCGAAACAGAAGCAACUAUGGUAUCUGCCGAGCGUGUGGAUGAGUACAGACGUUUGAUCCCCGAGCGGCCAUGGAUAUCGAAUUUCAGACCGGACCCACAGUGGCCAGGGUUAGGAGCAGUGUCCUUCAGAUCUUACUCGACUCGAUACCGGGAAGGGUUGGGCUUGGUCCUCAGGGACGUCAAUCUAGACGUACGCCCUGGUGAGAAAGUGGGAAUCGUAGGUAGAACGGGUUCAGGUAAAUCGACAAUAACUCUUAGCCUUUUCCGCAUUGUUGAGGCGGCUUCAGGCAAGAUUGUUGUGGAUGACGUGGACAUUGCUGAUUUAGGGCUACAGGACCUCCGUUCAAGGAUAACUAUUACAGCACAGGACCCAGUUCUAUUUCAUGGCACUCUACGGUUCAACCUAGAUCCGGCCGGUCAUCACGAUGCUGUUGAGCUCUGGUGGGCACUGGACCAAUCUCACCUUGGCAAUUUCUUCAGACAAUGUGAGGGUCUGGACUUUGAAGUAUCAGAAGGUGGGCUCAACCUUAGUGUGGGACAGAGGCAGCUGGUCUGUCUUGCAAGGGCUCUGUUGAGGAAGACGAAGAUACUUGUCCUUGACGAAGCCACUGCGUCAGUGGACGUGGAGACAGACCUUCUUGUUCAGCGGACGUUGAGAGAUGUGAUGAGUGGGUGUACUGUCUUAACCAUAGCUCAUCGAAUUCACACCGUUCUGACGUCAGACCGUGUUGUUGUCAUGGACCAAGGCCGUAUUGUUGAAGUUGGUAGUCCGGCAGAACUAUUAGCUGAUACAAAGUCGUCCUUUCACGCUUUGGCCCAUGAAGCCGGAGUUGCAUUUCGCGGAGUUAAGGAAUUCGGGUCUUCUUCACGACGCGACAGGAGUGUCGAGUAUUUGCGCGAACUGCGGUAAACAAAAGAUGUGUUAUCGGGUAUAGAAUUUGCUGAAGGAACACUGAUUUAUCGCAAAGUCAGCGCUGUGUCUGUAGACCCUUUUGUUUGCAAACGACACCAGGCAGAUUGACGAGAAUGAACAGGGCCCAUCUUAAAACCACUGCUUGAAACGUCACUGUAACAUUUAACCACCCAUUGUCCAGGUGAACGCCUAAAGAUCCAAGAAGCUGUGACAUCUGUUUAACAUCUUCAGAUAUCCUUGUGAACCUACUCGUCUCCUCCAAGACGGUAAAUCGUACAGCCGAAGGCCCUCGCGAAAUCUCCCACUUCGUUGUUCGUGAAGCAGGUAUGCUUUCUAGCAUUGUAACAUAAGCAAGCUGGACGUGCUUGCAAAGAUGGUGCGACCGGAAGUCAUUUGUGACGAAAGCUGCAGUUCAUGUUUGUAAACACUAAAAGGGUGAAUAUCUGCUUAGCAUUUCAUUAUACGCCUAUGCAUGCUGAGUCCACUUCUGACUGUUGUACAAUUUGUGGAUUUUUUGUGUACACCUGUUGUUAAUGUUUUCAUUUUUUGUUGUGAUCGACCAAUUUUCAGCACUUGAGUUGCGCCAUUUAAAAAAGAAUGUCCUGUUGUGGAUUUUUCCCUUGCGUUUUAUAACGGUUCCGCAAGUUGCUUGAUGUGUACAAAACAGAUAUCGCAAUGUGAUCUUACUAAGGCGCGAUUUCACAUAUUGUUUGCGGCUUCUAUCAUUUGUGUUUGUUGCCUUCUAUAUACAAAACAUCCGGCUUUUAGGGUUAUUGAUACGGUAUGAAAGGGCCGUGUGAUUUUUACGUUCUGUGAACGAUAACUUCAAACUGGAUACGGAAUAAAUAGCUUUUUGCUUUGGAAUUAA